GAGUGCGCACGCGCAGUGUGUCUGGUCGCGCGCGUUGGGAGGGGUGGAGGAAAAAGCGCAGGCUCGGUUGGUUUCUUACUCAGUUCGGGUCGCGCGGGCAGCUUGUUUUGGUCUCGCGCGGGUUAGUGGAGACGCGAGAGAAUAAGGGAAGAGCGGGGUUACGCGCGCACUGGGAGAAGGGGCGGGGAGGAAGAAGGGGAAGGGGGGGUGCAGGCCCCCUGAUCUCCCUCGUUAGCCUAGUCGGGGGAGGGGGGAAGAGAUGAUCGAGAUGGCAGCUGAGAAGGAGCCGUUCCUCGUGCCGGCCCCGCCGCCCCUUAAAUCUGAUUCCAGUGGUGGCGGUGGCACUCUGGUGCAGUCACACCGCGAGGCCUCCUCCGGGGAGCUCUGCGGCGGGACAGCUCAGGGACCAAGCCCGCAUACACCCACAGUAUCAAGCAGGGAGGGCUUCCCGGCCCUGUCUCCUCCUAGGGCUGGCCAGAAUCCGCAUCGAGGUGGCGGCUCGAUGGCGCAGGGGGAGGCCCGCCAGUCAGAAGCUCUUGGAGAGGCCCCUCCCCCUAACAUGGAGGAGGAGCGAAGGGGAUGGGGCGGGGCAGAGCUAGGGCCCCCAGCACCCCCCAGGCAGCGCAAUGGCUUCCAGCCCCAUAGGCCUCCCGGGGGCGGUGGGAGCAAGAGGAGGAAUAGCUGUAAUGUGGGUGGCUUCAAGCAUCCAGCCUUCAAGAGGCGUAGGCGAGUUAACUCAGACUGUGACCCAGUCUUGCCCUCCAAUUUUCUCCUGGGGGGCAAUAUCUUCGAUCCUUUGAAUCUGAAUAGCCUCCUGGAUGAGGAGGUAAGUCGGGCACUUAAUGCUGAGACUCCUAAGUCCUCCCCACUGCCAGCCAAGGGGAGGGACCCUGUGGAGAUCCUCAUUCCCAAGGACAUCACUGACCCACUCAGCCUCAACGCUUGCACUGAUGAGGCCCAAGUGGUGCUUGCCUCACCACUCAAGACUGGUAGGAAGCGACAUCGACAUCGUGGACAGCACCACCAGCAACAGGCAGGAGGGCCUGGGGGGAAUGACCCAACCUCCUCAGCACUUCCCCCAACUUCCACCACUCCCUCACUGCAUGGGGAGGCCACCCCCCAGCAGCUGCAACAACGACAGAAGUCCCAAGGCCGGGAUGGCCCCCAGCCUUAUGAACUGAACACUGCCAUCAACUGCAGGGAUGAAGUAGUGUCCCCCCUCCUGCCUGCCCCACAGGACCCCCCAGGCACUCGUGCUGCCCCUUCAACUGCUUCAACUACACCUGCUCCCUUGUCUUCUUCCUCCCGCCAUCGGAAACGACGUAGGACUUCCAGCAAGUCUGAGUCAGGGGCCAGGGCUGGGGGCCAGGGCCCUAAGGAGAAAGGCAGAGCAAGUGGGGGAGGCCGCCAUCAUCACCACACUCUGCCUGCCACUGGUUUCAAGAAGCAGCAAAGUAAAUUCCAGUAUGGGAACUAUUGCAAGUACUAUGGCUAUCGAAACCCAAAUUGUGAGGAUGGAAGGCUUCGGGUGAUGAGGCCUGAAUGGUUCCAGGGCCGUGAUGUACUGGACCUAGGCUGCAAUGUAGGCCACCUGACUCUAAGCAUUGCUUGCAAGUGGGGCCCAGCUCGAGUAGUGGGUGUAGACAUCGAUGCCCGGCUCAUACACUCUGCUCGACAGAAUAUCCGACAUUAUCUAUCUGAAGAACUUCGGCUCACACCCCAGUCACCUGAAGGAGUUCAAGGACCAGAGGGUGGUAAGGGGACUGCUACCACCCGAAAGAAGAGCUGCUUCCCAGCCUCACUGACUGCCAGUCGGGGCCCCAUUGCUGCACCCCAAGUGCCUCUGGAUGGGGCUGAUGCCUCCAUAUUUCCCAACAAUGUUGUCUUCAUCACGGGUAAUUAUGUGUUAGAUCGAGAUGAAUUGGUAGAGGCCCAAGCUCCUGAGUAUGAUGUGGUGCUCUGUCUCAGCCUCACCAAAUGGGUGCAUCUGAACUGGGGUGAUGAGGGAUUAAAGCGGAUGUUUCGAAGAAUCUACCGACACCUACGACCUGGGGGCAUUCUGGUUUUAGAGCCCCAGCCUUGGUCAUCCUAUGGCAAGAGGAAGACACUUACAGAAACUAUCUACAAGAACUAUUAUCGAAUUCAACUGAAACCUGAGCAGUUCAGUUCCUACCUGACAUCCCCUGAGGUUGGCUUCUCCAGCUAUGAGCUUGUGGCCACACCCCAUAACUCUUCCAAAGGCUUCCAGCGUCCUGUGUACCUGUUCCACAAGGCUAAUUCCCCUAGCCACUGAAGAGCCCUCCAAGGACAAUGAUUAGAGGCUGCUCUAUGUUACUGAGGACCUGGGGGGUGGGGGGGGUGGAGAAAAGUUCUACCCAUGGCUUGCUCCUCUUCCCAAUACCUAAUCUGUUUUCCUGCCAUAUCUUUAAGAGGGAGCCUACCAACCUCCAGCACCCUAAGCAGCAGGCACAACUGGACUAAAGUUUGCCACCUCUUUUCCCCCACAGCCUAGUAGGCUGGAUGGUGUGGACCAUGAACCCUUGCUUUUUUUAGUAAGGGGAGGUGGGUGUUCAAAUCUCAGUUGCUCUGGGCCUUCCCUUUUGGUCCCUUCCCUACCUACCCCUUGGAUUCCUAGCCCCUGGUGGGCACCCAGGCCACGUUUCAGUGGACCAACUUAGGAAGGGUAGCACCAGAUGCUGCAGCAGAAGUCCCCUCUAGAUGGUCCUUGUAUGAUGGGGGGAGGGGGGGUAAGAGAGGGUUUGGCGUGAAAGCAGCACAAUAAACCUGAUAUUGAAGGCAGUGACCCCUAAACGUAAUUCUCUUACUUAAAUACGGGCAAAGGAAUUGAGGUAGGGAGCAUAACCCUGCCCCUCUGCAAAUGAUGUUCCAGGCUGGUAUAGGAAUGGGGAGCAUUGAAGAUAACAAUGGGCUGAAAUUCCUGUAAAAGAAUAGGGUUUUUAUUGACUAGAGAGGUGUGGGGAAUUCCAAUUCAACUUUUUCAGCAAACAAGUAACUUCCCAGAACUUCAUACUAGGGAAAGUGACAGUUGAUAGGUUGUCCUUUGCUUCAAAUGUGGUCAUGCAUAAGAAAACAGAUAAAGCUGCUUUAAGAACAAUAGAUGGAGAGGAAAUCAACUUUUGUCUCUCUACCUAUCUUAUUUCAUGUGAAGGGGAAAUUUCUAGGUUCCUGUUUGGGUAAGGGAAAAGCUAUCUUCACAUUGCUUUCCAUCUUCAUGUUGCUCUUUUCACCUUUCCCCUUAGAGGGAUCAUGCCUAGAGUAUGGGUGUAGCAGUAGUAGUAAGAGAAACUUUCCAAGAGCUGUUCUUACCAAGCUAAGCCUUACUGAUUACCAACCUUUCCCAAAUCCUCAGAAAAAAGUUCACUUAUCAAAAAACUUUAUUUCUAUAAAACCCAAUGUAAAGGUCAAUCCCAACAUGUGCACCCUCCCACCACUACAAAAAUAAAAGUGAAGACAAUCCUGUAAAACUACGUA